AUGGUUAAGCAGAACGCGAAUUGGUCUCCUUACGAUAACAAUGGAGGAACAUGUGUGGCAAUCGCUGGAUCGGAUUACUGUGUUAUCGCCGCCGAUACUCGAAUGAGUACUGGUUACAGUAUUCUUAGUCGCGAUUACUCUAAAAUCCAUAAACUAGCAGACAAAGCUGUGUUGUCUUCCUCAGGCUUUCAGGCUGAUGUGAAAGCAUUGCAGAAGGUUCUCAAGUCCAGGCACUUGAUCUACCAGCAUCAGCAUAACAAACAGAUGAGCUGUCCUGCAAUGGCCCAGCUUCUCUCCAACACGCUUUAUUUCAAGCGGUUUUUCCCCUACUAUGCCUUCAAUGUUCUAGGAGGACUUGACGAGGAAGGAAAAGGGUGUGUCUUCACUUAUGACGCUGUUGGUUCAUAUGAGAAGGUGGGAUAUAGUGCACAAGGUUCUGGUUCUACCCUAAUCAUGCCGUUCCUUGACAAUCAGCUCAAGUCCCCAAGUCCUCUUCUCCUACCUGCACAGGACUCCAACACACCCCUCUCGGAAGCUGAAGCGGUGGACUUGGUCAAAACUGUUUUCGCAUCUGCCACAGAGAGAGAUAUCUACACUGGGGACAGUCUCGAGAUAAUGGUCCUUAAGGCUGACGGUGUCAAGACUGAACUCAUGGCCUUGAGGAAAGACUAA